AAUAGUGUUAGGGGAGGAAGCAUCACCCUGGGAAACAGAAGGGAGCAAGUCAUUAUGACACGGCUGAGAUUUGGACACUGUGGCCUUGCAGGGGGACUGGCCCGUAUUGGGAAACAUGAAAAUGGACUGUGUGAAUGUGGGACAGAAGAAACUGUGCAGCAUGUUUUUAUGGAGUGUCCUAUAUACACAACAGAGAGGAGAGAGCUCUUUGCUGCAUUACUAGAUGCAGGGUUGCCCUGCAUCUCACUGAGGAUUAUUCUGAACCCUGAGGAACAUCAAAGUGCAGUGAUGAAAGCAGUCAUGGACUACCUGUGGAAUACUGGCCUGCACCAGAAAGUGUAACUGCAUAAGCUGUGGUAAUACCUGAACUGAACUGUGGGAGGCAGCAAUACGCCGAUGGGCGUCUAGUCUGCCGGAAAGCCACAUGAAGAAGAAGAAGAAGUGCCGUAUUGAGACUCACGUAACCGGAAGUACGAGGCGUGUCAAAGGUUGAGCACAUUGUUCAACUGUGGUUCUGCACGAUGUUACGAAUGAAUGAAGAUUUAAGGAGGUUUUAAAGAGUAUGUUACAGUCGCACAUGUUGUCACAUAACUGAGGCAAAACGUGCUAGGAAAUCUUGUUGGGUGCACAAUACGGAAUAACGUAGCUAACCAGCUCCAACAAACUUAAGCCCUAAAUCACAAGUGUUUCAAAGGGCUGCACAAGCCACAACGACAUCCUCGGCUCAGAUCCCACAUCAGGGCAAAGAAAAACUCAACCCAAUGGGACAAUGAGAAACCUUGGAGAGAUGUGGGGACCCCCCACCCCCUAGGGCGACUGGUGCAAUGGACGUCGAGUGGAUCUAGCAUAAUAUUAAAAAAAUGGCGGGAAUUCUUUUUGAGGAUAUCUUUGAUGUGAAAGACAUCGAUCCAGAUGGCAAGAAGUUCGACAGAGUGUCUCGCCUACAUUGUGAAAGUGAAUCCUUUAAGAUGGACCUCAUUUUAGACGUAAACAUUCAAAUCUACCCUGUGGAUCUCGGUGACAAGUUCCGAUUGGUCAUUGCCAGCACUUUAUACGAAGAUGGAACACCGGAUGACGGGGAGUACAAUCCUCAGGAUGACAGACCGUCAAGGGCAGACCAGUUUGACUACGUGAUGUACGGGAAAGUUUAUAAGAUUGAGGGCGAUGAGACAUCGACAGAAGCAGCCACACGCCUCUCCGCCUACGUCUCGUACGGCGGUCUCCUCAUGAGACUGCAGGGAGACGCCAACAACCUCCACGGUUUCGAGGUGGACUCUCGGGUGUAUCUCCUCAUGAAGAAACUGGCCUUCUAAAGCCCAUUCUUCCCCCGUGACAGUCGACAUUAGUACAAUUACGCAGAAUUUCGAAAGGGCUUACCAAGAAUCAUGUAACAUGGACUAUUUUUAUAAUGGAAAAAAAAAGAGCUGGACUAAUUUGACUGUGACACUUAGGAAUUUCAGAAAAUCUGCUGAUUAUCUGUAAAUAGACUUUUUUUUUUUACAUGACUGUUUUUUUGAUACUCUACAUCUUUAUUCAUUUUGUGGCUUCAAAAUUAUGGCUGUCUUCAAAUUUAUUACAGCUUUGAAAUUGAUAGCGUAUUUUUCCUUUGAUAUGUUGUAUUACAACAAUAUUAGCAUUAAAAGGUUUAUUAUCAUCUGCCUUCUGUGCUACUGUACAGUACACUGAACCUUGGGAUUAUAAACAAGUCUGUUUUAUUUUAUUAAAA